AUGGAGGUUGAGGCCUCGUCUGCUGGAGGCUCUGACCAAGACAAGGCUGUGAAAACUCACUUCAAAGUGACCCGGUUCAUUAUGGAGGCCGGUGUCAAGCUGGGACUGCAUUCCAUCCCGAUAGCCACGGCUUGUACCAUCUAUCACAAGUUCUUCCAGGAGACCACGCUGGAGGAGUAUGACCCGUACCUGGUGGCGAUGUCCUCCAUAUACCUGGCUGGGAAGGUGGAGGAGCAGCACCUGCGGACGCGCGACAUCAUUAAUGUCUGUCAUAGCGAGCCGCUGGAAUUGGACACCAGGUUUUGGGAGCUGCGGGACAGCAUUGUGCAGUGUGAAUUGCUGGUGCUGAGGCUGCUACAUUUCCGGGUCUCCUUUCACCAUCCGCACAAAUAUUUGCUGCAUUACCUGGUCUCCCUAAAGAACUGGAUGAACCGGCACAGCUGGGAGCGCAACCCCAUUGCCACGGCCUCCUGGGCCCUCCUCCGGGACAGCUACCACGGGGACAUUUGCCUGCGCUACGAGGCCCAGCAUAUCGCCGUAGCCAUGUUAUACUUUGCUCUGCAGUGCUACGGGUUGGAGGUCCCGGGCAACGAGGGUGCGGAGAACCAGUGGUGGAAGGUUUUUAGUGAAGAUAUAACCAGAACGAUCAUCAACAACAUCAUAUCUGAACUGGUGAACGUUUAUACCAUGGACACCGAAAUACCGUGACCACACUGGUGGC